AUGGGCGUUGCUCCUGCAGAUUCUGACCAGGCAGUCAUAAAACAAGAGUCGGACAUCUCGUUGGAUUGGUUCGUUCAACAGUCUUUCGAAAAUUUCAUCUUGCCCUUCUUAUUCAAUGAUUACGGUACUUCGCAACAAUAUGAUCCCUUGAUUCUGAAAAGGGAAAUGAAUGACACAGAUAUCACUAAGCAGUUUGAAAAGGAACACGAGGCAGUGCUGUCAAGGUCGUUCUUGUUAAGACAGAAAAAGUGUAAAUUUAGCGCAAACUGAUUUUAGAUCAAGACAAAUUCAAGUUACUUUCAAGAUUCGAUUUAAACUUGAAUAGAGAAUUUGAGCUUACUACGACUUUGAAAUCGCGUUAACAUGUAUUAUUGGGGCACCGGACAGAAAGGGCGCGCUGUUUCCAAUCUGGCCGAAUUUCUAGGCCACGAAGUAAUUUUCCACUGAAAACGUGGCCUACCUUUUCAAACUCGGCCCCGAGGUCGCUCAACUUGCACUACAAAAAGAGUUUCUCAACAGAGCGCUAUUUCUGUGCGGUGCCCCUAUAAUAAUGAACAUUGAAUUGAGUAGUAGCUGAAACUUGGUGAGAAGUCGCUUAUCAAAAAUAAUAGAGUCUGAGCUUUGAUAUACAUUUAUUCGGGAGAUGACUCUGAAUCUUGAAUGAACAGUAACGUAGGGGGAAAUACAAACUUAUGAAAGUUUAACAAAACCUCCCGAAAUUAGAUCUCAUUUUACAGCAACCGUUCCCCAUUACACGACCGAACGACAAAAUGGCGGGCGAUGUGGAUCGCCGUAGGAAUGCAAUUUGUGGUCGGAGUCCAGAUAUCCGUCUACUACAUGUCCAUGUGGCCGUAUCUUUCGGGUUUGGACAAGACGGCGGACAUGGAUUUUCUGGGAUGGGUGGUGGCUGCGUGUAACAUCGGAUGAGUGAAUAGAGUUGUCUGAAAGUGAUCACUUUCAGGGACCGUCGCCUGCAAAUCAUGUUCGGCCUCGCCGUUUUCGUCGCCUUCAACCUCGUCAACUAUCCGUGGUGGUUCUACUCGGGAUCGCUCAACUACUUGCCGCCAGGUUAGUCACAGGAUCGUACAAUAGCUAACAGCAGUACUUCUGGCGCGAACACGACCGAAGUGGGAGGCUGUCUCGAUUCGUACACGUGGUGCAUUCGUCUUCUUUUUCGGAAUCGCCUUCCUAACUGUGGAAGCUCCUGCUACUGCUCUUUACUCUGAAAUUCUGGGUCCCCGGAAGCAGGGUAACAUGCAAGGAUGGUUCUCGUUCGGCGGAAGUUUCACACCGUUCGUCGCUUCCAUCACAAUCACGUAAGAUCCAAUUGAAAGAGUUCCUGAUCUCAAAUGGUCCCUUUGCAGAUAUCUCUUCCAACACACUGGCUACAAAUACUUGAUCCUUCUGCAAUCCGGCACCAUUCUCCUCGCAUUUCUACUCAUUGCCAUCUUCUACAAACGUCUGGUCCCGUUGAAAUUGCACAAGAAAAUGGUGUCACGACGGAGGAAAAUACUCUCUGAUAUUGUGGAAAAGUGA